GCCUCUGCCAAGCCGCUGAUCUCCUUUGUGCCGCUGAGGAGCUCCUCGCAGGGUCUCAGAAGGUAUCCGCCGCCGAGCGCCUGGCCUCCGGCCGCCGCCGGAUUCCCUGCUCGUCGGCGUCAUGCCCCUUUGACCCGAGCGCCCCCUCGCCUCGGUGGUGCUCCUCGCGCACGCCAUGGCCGACCUGGCCUGGCACGCUCUCGCCCGCCGCCGCCGCGAGCGCUGCUACCUGCUCGACUACGCCUGCCACAAGCCCUCCGACGACCUGCUCGAGGAGUGCGCGACCCCCUACGACGCGCUCGACGAGAUGGACGCCUUCUUCGACGACGCCGUCCGGGUCGUCCUCGCCAAGGCUGGCGUCUCCCCACGCGACGUCGACCUGCUAAUCCUGCUCACCAACGACCUGGUCUUCAGGUCCCGGGCCAAGAUGGAGCUCUGCUGCCUCGUGCGUGCGCACAUAGGCGCCUACGACGACACGCACGCCGCCGCCGUCCACCGUGAGGACGCCGACGGCCACCUCGGCUCAGCCUCAGCAAGGACUUCCCCAAGGCCGCCGUGCGCGCGUUCGAGGGCCCCAAGAUCAGCUUCAAGACUCGGGUCGACCACUUCUGCCUCCACCCCGGCGGGACGGCCGUCAUCGAUGCCGUCAGGAAGAACCUCGGCCUCUGUCCGUGUAUAACCAGCGGAAGUCCACGGACAGGUGAACUAAUUUACACGGACAUCACGGACAGCUGAAUAAUUUUAAACGACUUGAGCAAAUGACGCUACGGAUAUCACGGACGUGUCCGUCUACAUACUGAAGCCCAUGUGUGGUUUUGGUAAUUAAUGAUAAUCCCUAUGGACUAAUGUUUAUAUUGAGUUAUAUUUGUAGGAGUUGUCCAUAGGCAAUGCUUGAACCAUAUGUUGGCUUCAAGAUUGUAAUAAAAAGAAAUUGAUGAAAAA